UCGAGAUUAUAUAACCAAGAUGGCGGGUCAAAAUGCGGGUAAUUCGCAUUUUGAUAGUGGAGAUGAAGACCAUGGCCUGUUGAGUUUAGAAAAGUUGGAUCGAGCCUCGCCCGAUCUGUGGCCCGAACAAAUUCCUGGUGUGUCCGAGUUUGCUGCCAUAAAAAGUCCGGUUUCAGCUUCCGACUCUCCACCAAAAUGGCUUGCGGAACUCGAAAAUGAUGACCUUGAGCUGCUGCAAGAGUUUGGGAGUUUGACUCAUUCACAAUUGAUGGAGAAGGUGCGGGACUACAGAAUCUGGCUUACCAACUCGGACAUGCUGAAGCUCGAGAAAUGACAAGAGGAAAAUUUUUAAAUAUACUUCAAAAACCCAAACCAAGAAACUGAGGUUGUGGAGAUGUAAAAUCAUUGUGAUGGAUGUGGCAGCAGUUGAUUUGUCGAGCUGUCCCAGGUGGACUUGAAAGUCAUCGACAUUGAAGAUCUACAGACACAAAAUAAAUGAACAUUAUUUAUGAAGUCCAAGCAUUUUUCAGGAAUCAGUGUAUUGAUAUUUAAUUGUUUUGGACAUUAGCAAAUUCGCUCAGGCUAGAGCUAUUUUUGUAUUUAUGUUGAUGUGUACAGUUGUUUGCAGUAUAUAGUUCAUGUAUGAACAUGAGAUUGUAAGAAUAUGCAAUCCUUCUUAGUGCAAUCGGUGAAUUUGAAAUUCUUGUGAAUGAUGUAUGGUUAUCUUACAUUAUCAGAUACAAAUGAAUGUUCUCCAUCAAUGUUAUUUUUCUGGCAUCAAGUAUUGCUGUAGAUGUAAACCAGAGACAAUGUUUUUAACAUUACUGUUACAGCUGAUUAAGACCUGUGGGUUUUGUAAACCAAAUGUUUGACAAGGUAUGAACAUAUUUAUUGGAACUUGUACUCAGUAAACAAACAUUGAUGGGGAGAGAAGUCAUGUUGUUUAUUCUUUGUGAUGUUCACCAUGUUGUGUACAUACUUAUGUCAAUAAAGAUUUUUAUAACUAUA